AUGAAUAUUGUGUUCACUAGUAAUCAUGAAUCUCUCGGCGCUAAUGCCAACGCUAGCGAUCUGGAAUAUCAAGAGGUCACAGACCUAAGGGCCAAGAAACGCCUGCAGAAUAGGGUUGCCCAGCGAAGUUAUCGACGUCGUGUCAAGUCCCGCAUUGCUGACCUGCAAAAGAAGGUGGCUCAGUAUGAAGAUGCAAAUUCAUCGAAAGAAGGUCCAGAGACUGGGGAGCAACCUCGUCUUCAUGAAAAUUCUGUGCAUCAACGGAUAUCAUAUACAUCACCCGAAACAAUCAACCCAGGACCGACUCAGGGCUUGCGUGAAGUUAUUGGCUCGCAGUCAAGCCGUGAAAUGAGCCAAGAGAAUUCCACUCACAAAAGUUCGAAUUAUACUCUCUCCCCAGCAACUUCUCGCGCACUUGGUAAUGAAAUCUCAGGCCCUACCGCGACCAAAGCAGUAACGUCUUAUCAACAAGUUGGACCAGGCCGCCAGCCGCAGCAAAGUCGCCGUUCAGGCUUCAUAGCCGAACCUGAUGAAGCCAAUGGCAACGUCCAUCAACCGCAUUUUGACGAUACUACUAUGGGCCAGAACAACGGCUCAGCCAUAUUGCAUGCCUUCCCCGCAUCGACCUUUGAUGCGGCUGCAUCUAAUCCCCCAUUUGUCACUGAUGCCUUUGAGGGAGAAUUAGAUCUUGGAUGGAUGAUAGCAAACACAGCGUUGGAGGGACAAAAGUCAUGCUCCUACGAUAAAUCACCACACCAAAACCCAAGACCCUCAUCAACUAGCUCCAAUUCACUAAAAGUCCAAUCAUCUACCGCAGGACAACAAAGCUACGCCUCAUCUUCAAGAUCACCAGCAACCGUGCCCAGAGAAUCACUGAACGCAAGAUUCCAGAACAUCAUGGAAUGCGUCGGCGCAAUGGGUUUCGAAAGCUUUGACGAUCUAGUCACUUCAUACUAUGUCGACGAGUUUGAAGAAGCGUCCAAGCUCUCCCAUGAACAGCGAUUCAGCAGGAUCAGAAGGCUUCCUGGCGUUUUUGCGGAGAUCCUCGAAGGUGCGAGAAAAUGGGAGCCUUCAGAGCGCCGUGGCCUUGGUGAAGAGGUUCUCAAGGAGACUGAAGCGGUUCUCAUGCUUGAAAACAGCGACGCUUGGCAAUCAUUACAGUCAAUCACUGAUGCAGCCAUGGCCAAGGACAAUAUCUCCACGGAGCAGGUAUAUCAGAACCUCAGUACAGUCCUACCCAUGGAGGUAACUACAUAUGCACCAACGCAUGAUUCCCUUACGAUAUAG